GGAGCGGCGCGGAAGAGGAUGCGGCGGCGGCCCGAUGAUGAUCUGAGGAGGUUCCGGUAGAGCUGCUUUCUGAUUGGAUCUCCUACAUCUGAUUGGAUAUCCCUGGAUCUGUUUGGAUCUCCCUGGUUCUGAUUGGAUCGGAUUUGAACUCCCUGAUUCUGAUUGGAUCCCCUGGUUCUGAUAGGAUCUCCCUGGAUCUGAUUGAUCUCCCUAGAUGGCUGGAUCACUGAAACGCAGAUAACGGCUGAAGAAUGAGUGAGUUCUGUUGAGGGGAGGCAGCAGUAGAGGAGGCUCCGGCUCUGCUCUCUGCCUCCGGAGGGAUUCAGACAUGGACUACCAGGCCGUGUUCGCCGCCGUGGAGAAAACCUGCGAGGACAACCUGUCGGUGCUGUGCGGCCCGCCGGAGUCCCCCCUGAGCCCGGUGGCCGAGCGCCUGGUGGCCUGCAUGAGGCAGAUCCAGGAGCACGGCCGGGCUCUGGGGCCCGUCGUGGCCGGGUUCACCGCCGUCUUCCACCACUACGACCUGGACGCACAAACCGUGGGGAACGGCUACCGCAGCCUGGUCAAGAUCGUUCUCUCCUGCCUCCUCCACAUUCUGCACAAAGCCCGCUACAUCGCCUCCAACUACCAGGGCGCCUUCUUCAGGGCGGAGCACAACGCCCUGGAGAUGGAGGCGUACUGCAGUGCGCUGACCCAGCUGCGAGCCAUGCUGCACCUGGCGCAGCGCAUCAUGGACGACAGCGAGCGGGGACAGCUGUUCCCGCCGCACGACGACGAGCUGACCGGCCGGUUCGUGCAGGAGUACAGCUCCAUGCACAAGGCCUGCUUCUACGGCCGCUGCCUGGGAUUCCAGUUCUCUCCGGCCCUCCGUCCGUUCCUGCAGACGGUCGUCAUCAGCAUGAUGUCCUACGGAGAGACAUACGGGAAGCAGCAGUCUGGCUUAGGCCUGGCGGCUCUGUCCCUCCUCACGUCGGGGAAGUACGUCAUGGACCCCGAGCUGCGGGGCGAAGAGUUCGAGCGCAUCACGCAGAACCUGGACCUGCAGUUCUGGAAGUCCUUCUGGAACCUGACGGAGAACGGCCUGAUCACGGGCUUCAACAGGAUGGCCUCCAAACAGGUGCAGGUCAACUUCACCUUCACCGUGCCGCCGCUCACCCUGCGCCUGCCGCUGGCCUCCGACCCCAGCCUGUCCAUCAGCGUGGUCCCCCCCGUGGCCCACUGGGGCCCCGGGCCCGUCCACAUGCGGCUCAUCUCCUACGACCUGCGGGAGGGACAGGACAGCGAGGAGCUCCUGGCGCUCUCCCGGGCCGAGCCGGCCCCCGUGCCCCGCCUGCCCUGGGUCCAGAGGCUGCCUCGCUCCCCCUCGCUGGUCGUCCACUUCCACGGAGGAGGCUUCGUGGCUCAGACGUCCCGGUCUCACGAGAGCUACCUCCGGCGCUGGUCCAAGGAGCUGGGCGUCCCCGUCCUGUCCGUGGACUACUCCCUGGCCCCCGAGGCGCCCUUCCCCCGAGCGCUGGAGGAGUGUUUCUACGCCUACUGCUGGGCUCUCAACAACUGCCAGCUGCUGGGCUCCACCGCAGAGCGGGUGUGUCUGGCCGGAGACAGCGCCGGGGGCAACCUGUGCAUCACCGUGUCCAUGAAGGCCAUUUCCACCGGCGUGCGGGUUCCUGACGGCAUCAUGGCCGCCUACCCCGCCACCCUGAUCGCCAUGGACGUGUCGCCGUCCCGCCUGCUCACGCUCAUCGACCCGCUGCUGCCGCUCGGCGUGCUCGCUAAGUGCCUCAACGCCUAUGCAGGUGUGGAGUACCAGACGGCGGCGCCGGCGGCGUGCGGCGGCACCCUGAGCGCUCUGGGCCGAGACACAGCCCUGCUGCUCAGCGACCUGACACAGGGAGCCUCCAACUGGAUCCAGUCCUUCCUGGACCCCACCCGGUCCACUCAGUCCACACGGCGGCCGAGCCAGGCCGCCUCCCCUCCCCCCGCCGCCGCCGCCGCCUGCCUCAUAGAUUACCCAGAAGGCUUUGAGCCGCUGCGCUCCGAGUGGCUGUCCGUCAUCCAGCGGCUGAGCAGCCCGGUGGUCCGGAACCCCUUCGUGUCCCCCCUGCUGGCGCCGGACGCCCUGCUGAAGGGGCUGCCGCCCGUCCACAUCGUGACGUCGGGUCUGGACCCCCUGCUGGACGACUCGGUGAUGUUCGGCCGGAGGCUGCGCGCCACCGGGCAGCCCGUCUCCCUGACAGUGGUGCCCGACCUGCCGCACGGCUUCCUCAGCCUGUCGCAGCUCGCCAAGGAGACGGAGGCGGCCACCGCCGCCUGCAUGGCCCGCAUGAGGGAGGUCCUCCGGCUGGAGGAGCCGGCGGCGGCGGCGGAGAGCGAGGGCCCGUCGGGCUGAACCUGCCGUCACACCAAGAAGAAACCAAAGCUUCACCGUUUCAGAGGGAAAUCACAAAAUUCACCGACAUUCACUGUGAGAUCACCUUCACACCUGUGUUCGGGAACGGAGGACUGAGUUUAUUCUGCAGCGCAAUGCAUUUUGGGUAAUUCACGAGGGAUUUCUAACGGCUGAUAACCUUGAAGCGCCACCAGGGGGAGCCGGUGAGACGAAAAGCUUUAAAACUGAAGGCUUCGAUUGGUUUUUAUUCAGGUUUCCGUCCGUUUGAUGGACUUUGCUGGGUUUUGUACUUUUCUCUCUGUGCGACCCUUCAGGGGAAAACAGGAACGCAGGGACUCCCUCUGAUUUACUCGCUUGCUGUCUUCUGCUUUCCUUCAGUCAACCCGGAGUUCUAAACCUCCGAACGCCUUGCUGUUGUGCCUUGACUCCUCAGAGUGAUCCUGCAGUGUUUUGGAGAGAAGUUUCAUUUUCUACGGCUUUGAAAGACUCUUUUCUUUGUACUAUUGAUAUUUUGGUGACUUGAGCGGUCUGGCGUUGCCAGUUUACGUGUUUACAGCGUUUCGAGGCCUUUCUUCACCAGCAGUGUCUCGUUCGUCUUUACAGCCUGUAUUAAAAUCAAAGCUUCAGAGACAAAUAGAGGCGUGAAGCAGUUUGUGGGGGAGAGAGCGGCGGCGUGACGGCGUUCAGGAACAGUCCGUCCUGUUCUGCCUCCUGAUAAACCGCCUCCGGGCGGAGGGGGUGGUGGAGGAUCUGCUGACGUCCACUGAAACGCUCUUUGACCAGCUCAACUCUCAUUCAGACACAGUUUAAACUCCGAUUCCUUGUUUUAAAAACUAAUUCUGUGGUUUAUCUCCAAAAUCAGUGACUCAUGAAGCACCGAGCUCAGCGCAGCAGUUAGUCAGGGUC